AUGGCCCUCAAUUUCUUUGCAAGUGGGGAAAUCCUUUACAGGAGGACUCCAGAUUUAGGUCUUCUAAGAUGCAUUGAUGCUAAUGAAGCUGCAAAGCUUCUGGACCAGAUACAUGUCGGAGUUUGUGGUACUCAUAUGAAUGGGCUCACUUUGGCAAGAAAGAUCCUCCGAGCUGCUUGGGGCACGGAUGUCAUUGGUCCAAUAGAGCCAGCCGCCUCUAACGGACACAGAUUCAUUUUGGUUGCCAUUAACUACUUCACCAAGUGGGUGGAAACAGCUUCAUAUAAGUCGGUGGUCAAGAAGGUUAUAGCAGAUUUUGUUCGCAACAAUUUGAUAUGUAGGUUUGGAGUACCAGAAUCCAUCAUUACUGAUAAUGGAGCGAAUCUCAACAAUCAUUUGAUGAGAGAGAUAUGUGAAGAAUUCAAGAUUACUCACCGAAACUCAACUGCCUAUCGUCCCCAAAUGAAUGGAGCUGUAGAAGCCGCCAACAAGAACAUAAAGAAGAUUUUGAGGAAAAUGAUUGAUAAUCACAGAGGUUGGCAUGAGAUGUUACCAUAUGCUUUGUUGGGUUACCGAACAACUGUCAGAACAUCAGUUGGAGCUACUCCAUAUUUGUUAGUAUAUGGAAUAGAAGCAGUUAUACCUGCCGAAGUCGAAAUACCUUCCUUGAAAAUCAUCCAAGAAGCUGAAUUAGGUGAUGUUGAUUGGGUCCGCAAGCGAAUUGAUCAGUUAACAUUGAUUGAUGAGAAGAGAAUGGUUGCUGAUGAGUACAAAGGGAAAUUUGCACCAAAUUGGCAAGGACCCUACAUGGUUCGUAAAGUGUUAUCUGGAGAUGCCUUGGUCCUAUCGGAGAUGGAUGGCACCGAAUGGAUGAAACCGAUCAACUCAGAUGCUGUCAAGAGAUACUAUGUCUACAGGGUGCUUCAAGAUCAGCAUAUUCUUCCAUUCAAUGAAUAUGCAGAAGUCAAAAGGGCGAAGAGCUUCCCAAAUUGA